UGUCCACGAAGCGAGAGCGAGAGGAGGUCAAAUAAACUGCUAAGGAUGCGAAACGUGUUCAACUGAAUGCGUCUCCUGGACAUUAUCGCAGUUGCAAGAUAUUAGCAGUUCACGCAAGGUCCUCAUAAUACGUACAAGUGCAGGUAGUAGGCUAUUUAAUUUAGAACAACUUCAACUUGUUCUUGUGUUUAAAUGUCGCGCUAAGGUUAGCCGAUGCUAAAUGUCGCGUGUUUGCUGAUCAUAUUGGAUAUAAUGGACAUUAGCAUGUUCAAAUCUGUCAUAUAAACUUUUUAUGCGUGCAAUCGCUUAGUGCUCCACUAGCAACUUAUUUACACUAGUGUUUGGGUGGACAUUCGGUCAUCUUCUGUUGCGGUCGUAGUGGACCAGCCGACAUGUUUCACUCAGUGCCCCGUCGUGUCACCACCGAAGUCGGUGUUAAGUCUCUCCGGCUCCCGGGCGUCAGAUCAUUUCGACGGGUUGUGCAGGAGGAUGACGGCCGAGGCUCGCCGCUGUGGCUGGGCAGGGCCGCGGGUCAGCUCCUGUCCACCCUCCGACGCGUUGGCGUCUUCGUCGCGGAGACGAGAUCUGGACAUAACAACAAGGGCUUACUGUCCAUAUUCGCGGAUCAUUGCGGCUUUGUCACUGGUCAGAGGCUUCGGCGUGCGUGUCGGAUCGCCGAACUGUACUCCAACCUAUACUCAGAAAGGACCCGUUGGACCCUUGUGGGAAGCAUAUGGCGUAGGUUCCAGAGCAAGCAUCCUUCCCCGGGCAAGCUAAUCGCGGCCCUUGCGGGGGUCUUCAUGUGGGACAAUGAGAAGAUUCAAGAUGAGGAAAUGCACAGAUGCGGGCUAGAGCUGCAGGCUCUCGAGGCUGUGAAGAGCCUAAACGCAAACGCGGGGACGGCAAGUGGUCGCGCGGAACCCGGCUGGGAAGUAGUGAUGGAGAAGAAGGACUUCCGAGUAUGGAAGCGGCCAAUUCCUGACAGUCACCUCUAUGAGUACAGAGUGUUGGGCUCAUAUAGUGAUGUGACACCAAGGCAGUUCUUCAACGUGCAGUUGGAUACAGAGUACAGAAAGAAGUGGGAUUCUUUGGUGAUCAAACUGGAAGUGGUAGACCGGGACGUCAACACUGGUUCUGAAGUUAUACACUGGGCUACACACUUUCCUUAUCCCAUGUACUCCAGAGACUACGUGUAUAUGCGGCGUUAUGAGGUCGACUUGGAAAACAAUCUGAUGAUCCUAGUUUCCCGCGCCGUGCAGCAUCCCAGAGUUCCAGAGUCCCAGGAUUUUGUGAGGGUUCACUCAUAUCAAUCCAAGAUGGUCAUCCGUCCUCAUAAGUCCUUUGAUGAGAACGGAUUUGACUACCUGCUGACCUAUAGUGACGACCCUCAGACCGCCUUUCCUCGUUACUGUGUGAGCUGGAUGGUGUCAAGCGGCAUGCCAGACUUCCUGGAGAAACUUCACACUGCUGCUUUGAAGGCCAAGAACUUAGAGGUGGGCAUCCACGACUACGCCGGCAUCAUCAAGUCCAACGACAACACGGGCCGCCAGCUCAAUCAGGAGCGCCUCGCCGCCGAGAAGAAACACGCCGGCGGUCCCGGUCAGAUUUACGCUUGAUGGGACGAUGACGCGGAUGACCUUUCCCAGAUGAAGCCCUCCAGACCCUACGUUGUAGGUACGAUGUGUGUGAAGAUGUUUGCGGUUUUACUUGUGGAAUAAGUGUCAAAACAAAGAACGGACCUCAGCCAAUGUGUGAAGUUUCGGUCCCAUUGACAAAGCAUUCGUUGUUCAGCCUUUUUGACUUUUUCCGGGACAGUAUUUCCAUGUAUUUCUGCACUGAUAGAUGAAGGCAUCCAUGAGAGAACACUGGUCUGCUUUUUCUUUUCUUCUUCUUCAUGCUAUUUCUGCUGUUCUGGCCAGACAUUAUGAGGGCUUCAAAAACAAGCUUAACCGGUCCUUCUGUAACGGGGACGCAGUGUCUUAUAACAACCGUGGAAUUCCUCACGUCCAAUUGUACACAUGCACUUGUUAGUCCUUCUUGGGGUUCGAAAAACUGCACUUCACCUAUCAUUUCACAACAGGGGAGAAAAAGUUUAGCCCAUUUCAACUCUUUUUGUAGCCAGCUAACGUUUCACACUGUGAUUUUCACACAUGAUGACUUUGUCCAUAACUGGAAUUAAAAUGACGUGCAAAAAUUCUGUUAUUCUGUUGGUCCUAUAAAGAUUGUACAAAGAUCUAACAUGCUACGAGAUAAUGCAUUGCUUCUAAUUCAUGAAUAAAAACGUUUACAGCCUGUCAGUGUGGCAGUCAACACAUGCGUUUUCCUUUGGAUCUCAUGUAUUAUUCAUUUUUCUACAUUGUUGCGGUUUCCUGCUGUUUAUUAUCUCAUCAUUGUAAUACACGAAAAACAAAACAUUCAAAAAUCAAAUCAAAUUUAGUUAUACAGGAAGCAGUGUUGUUUUUGGCAGCCAUUUUAAUUUUCG